CGUGCGGGGCCCCGGGCGCGAGCGAGGCGGGACGGCGCGGCGUAGACGCGGCCGGCGCGCCAAAGUCGCCCAAGUUUUGCCGGAACAUGGCGGAAGAGUCAUGCAGCGCUAGGAGCACGAGUAGCUAUAGCCGCUAGCGCCGCGGCGCGAGGUCGUCGCCAUGGCCCGCUGGAUCCCGACCAAGAGGCAGAAGUACGGGGUUGCAAUCUAUAACUACAACGCGUCUCAAGAUGUGGAACUCUCCUUGCAGAUCGGUGACACCGUCCACAUCCUGGAGAUGUAUGAGGGCUGGUACAGAGGAUAUGCUCUCCAGAACAAAUCUAAAAAGGGUAUUUUCCCUGAAACGUACAUCCACUUGAAAGAGGCAACUGUAGAAGAUGGAGGGCAGCAUGAAACUGUGAUUCCUGGGGAGUUGCCGCUGGUUCAGGAACUCACGAAUACUCUACGAGAAUGGGCCGUCAUCUGGCGCAAGCUCUAUGUGAACAACAAGGUCACACUAUUCCGCCAGCUGCAGCAAAUGACCUACAGUCUGAUCGAGUGGCGCUCCCAGAUCCUGUCUGGAACACUCCCCAAGGACGAACUAGCGGAGCUGAAGAAGAAGGUCACGGCCAAAAUCGAUCAUGGGAACAGAAUGCUUGGACUGGAUCUGGUGGUUCGUGAUGACAAUGGGAACAUCUUGGACCCAGACAACACCAGCACUAUUGCCCUCUUCAAGGCCCAUGAAGUUGCUUCAAAAAGGAUAGAAGAGAAGAUCCAAGAGGAAAAGAGCAUUUUGCAGAACCUGGACUUGAGAGGCCAGGCAAUCUUCAAUUCUGUGCACACGUACGGCCUCUAUGUGAACUUCAAGAACUUUGUCUGUAACAUCGGCGAGGAUGCGGAGCUCUUCAUGGCCCUGUAUGACCCAGACCAGUCCACCUUCAUCAGUGAGAACUACCUAAUUCGCUGGGGCAGUAACGGGAUGCCCAAGGAGAUAGAGAAGCUGAAUAACCUCCAAGCAGUGUUCACUGACCUCAGCAGCACAGACCUCAUCCGGCCACGCAUCAGCCUUGUGUGCCAGAUUGUCCGGGUGGGCCGUAUGGAGCUGAAGGAGGGUAAAAAGCACACCUGUGGGCUGCGGAGGCCUUUUGGAGUAGCAGUGAUGGAUAUUAGUGAUAUUAUACACGGGAAGGUGGAUGAUGAAGAAAAGCAGUAUUUUAUUCCCUUUCAGCAAAUUGCCAUGGAAACCUACAUCCGCCAGAGACAGCUCAUCAUGUCGCCCUUGAUAACCUCCCACGUGAUUGGAGAGAAUGAGCCACUCACUUCGGUUUUAAAUAAAGUGAUAGCUGCAAAGGAAGUGAAUCACAAAGGGCAAGGUCUUUGGGUGUCCUUAAAGCUACUGCCGGGUGACCUCACACAGGUUCAGAAGAACUUUUCACACUUGGUGGAUAGAUCAACAGCAAUCGCUCGGAAAAUGGGCUUUCCAGAAAUAAUCCUGCCAGGGGAUGUCCGAAAUGAUAUUUAUGUCACCCUGAUCCACGGGGAGUUUGACAAGGGGAAGAAGAAGACACCUAAGAACGUGGAGGUGACCAUGUCUGUGUUUGAUGAAGAAGGCAGCCUUUUAGAGAAAGCCAUUCAUCCCGGUGCUGGGUACGAAGGCGUCUCGGAGUACAAGUCGGUGGUGUAUUACCAAGUCAAGCAGCCUUGUUGGUAUGAGACCGUCAAGGUCUUCAUAGCUAUAGAGGAGGUCACACGCUGCCACAUCAGAUUUACCUUCCGACACAGGUCAUCUCAAGAAUCCAGAGAUAAAUCAGAGCGAGCUUUUGGGGUGGCCUUUGUGAAACUGAUGAACAUGGACGGCACCACCCUGCAGGAUGGGAGGCAUGAUCUGGUGGUAUACAAGGGUGAUAAUAAGAAAAUGGAAGACGCUAAAUACUAUCUGACCCUGCCUGGGACCAAGGCAGAGAUGGAAGAAACAGAACCCCAGGCAUCCAGAAACCCGUCCGUCUUCACGCCCAGCAAAGACAGCACGAAGGACAGCUUUCAGAUUGCCACCCUCAUUUGUUCCACAAAGCUCACCCAGAACGUGGACCUGCUCGGCUUAUUAAACUGGCGUUCCAACUCUCAGAACAUUAAGCACAACCUGAAGAAGUUGAUGGAAGUGGAUGGAGGAGAAAUUGUUAAGUUUUUACAGGAUACACUAGAUGCACUUUUUAACAUAAUGAUGGAAAUGUCAGACAAUGAAACGUACGACUUCCUUGUGUUUGAUGCACUGGUCUUCAUCAUCUCCCUGAUAGGAGACAUCAAGUUUCAGCAUUUUAACCCUGUACUCGAAACCUACAUUUACAAGCACUUCAGUGCCACCCUGGCACACGUGAAACUCUCCAAGGUACUAAACUUUUAUGUGGCUAAUGCUGAUGACCCUAGCAAGACAGAAUUGCUCUUCGCUGCCUUGAAAGCCUUGAAGUACCUGUUUCGAUUCAUCAUCCAGUCGCGAGUGCUCUACUUGAGAUUUUAUGGUCAGAGUGAAGAUGGAGAUGAAUUCAACAACUCGAUCCGCCAGUUGUUUCUUGCUUUCAACACGCUCAUGGACAGGCCUCUAGAAGAAGCGGUCAAGAUCAAGGGGGCAGCUUUGAAGUACCUUCCUAGCAUAAUCAAUGACGUCAAGCUGGUGUUCGAUCCCAUGGAGCUCAGCGUGCUUUUCUGCAAGUUCAUUCAGAGCAUUCCCGACAACCAGUUGGUCCGGCAAAAGCUUAACUGCAUGACCAAGAUAGUGGAGAGCAGCCUUUUUCAGGAGGCAGAGUGCAGGGAGGUGCUGCUUCCGCUCCUGACAGACCAGCUCAGUGGCCAGCUGGACGACCACUCGAGCAAACCCGACCAUGAGGCGAGCUCACAGCUUCUAAGCAACAUACUAGAGGUGCUGGACAGGAAGGAUGUGGGCCCCACUUCAACACACGUACAGCUGAUCAUGGAGAGGCUGUUGAGAAGGAUCAACCGGACUGUGAUUGGGAUGAGCCGACAGUCUCCUCACAUUGGCAGCUUCGUGGCUUGCAUGAUCGCCAUCUUACGACAGAUGGAGGACAGCCACUACAGCCACUACAUCAGCACCUUCAAAACCAGACACGAUAUCAUUGACUUCCUCAUGGAAACUUUCAUUAUGUUUAAGGAUCUGAUUGGAAAGAAUGUGUAUGCCAAAGACUGGAUGGUCAUGAAUAUGACACAGAGCAGAGUUUUCCUCCGGGCCAUCAAUCAAUUUGCUGAAGUUCUCACAAAGACCUUCAUGGACCAGGCAAGCUUCGAGCUUCAGCUCUGGAACAAUUACUUCCAUUUGGCUGUGGCUUUUCUCACCCAUGAGUCCCUCCAGCUCGAGACUUUCUCAGAAGCCAAGCGCAACAAAAUUGUGAAAAAGUAUGGGGACAUGAGAAAGGAAAUUGGCUUUAGGAUCCGGGACAUGUGGUAUAAUCUGGGGCCUCACAAAAUCAAAUUCAUCCCAUCCAUGGUGGGUCCCAUUCUGGAAGUCACCCUGACCCCUGAAGUGGAGCUCCGUAAAGCCACAAUCCCCAUUUUCUUUGAUAUGAUGCAGUGUGAGUUCAACUUGAGUGGCCACGGCAACUUCCAUAUGUUUGAGAACGAGUUGAUCACAAAGCUGGAUCAGGAAGUGGAAGGGGGCCGAGGAGAUGAACAAUACAAGGUUCUUCUGGAAAAGCUACUGCUAGAACAUUGCCGGAAACAUAAAUACCUCUCGAGCUCUGGGGAAGUCUUUGCCCUCCUGGUCAGCAGCCUCUUAGAGAACUUGCUGGACUACAGAACCAUCAUCUUGCAUGACGAGAGUAAGGAGAACCGCAUGAGCUGUACAGUAAAUGUUCUGAAUUUUUAUAAAGAAAAGAAGCGAGAGGACAUAUACAUAAGGUACUUGUACAAACUUCGAGAUCUGCACAGGGACUGUGAGAAUUACACAGAAGCCGCCUACACACUCCUCUUACAUGCUGAGCUUCUGCAGUGGUCGGACAAGCCCUGUGUGCCCCAUUUGCUCCAGAGGGACAGCUACUACGUUUAUACCCAGCAGGAACUUAAAGAGAAGCUGUAUCAAGAGAUCAUAUCCUAUUUCGAUAAAGGCAAAAUGUGGGAGAAAGCCAUCAAACUGAGCAAAGAGUUGGCUGAGACCUACGAGAGCAAAGUGUUUGACUAUGAGGGCCUGGGCAGUCUCCUGAAAAAAAGAGCCUCGUUUUAUGAGAACAUCAUUAAGGCCAUGAGGCCGCAGCCUGAAUACUUUGCUGUGGGAUACUAUGGACAGGGCUUCCCUUCCUUCCUGCGGAACAAAAUCUUUAUCUACCGGGGUAAGGAGUAUGAGAGGCGAGAAGACUUCAGCUUGAGGUUGCUGACCCAGUUCCCCAACGCUGAGAAGAUGACCAGUACCACGCCACCAGGAGAGGACAUCAAGUCAUCCCCAAAGCAGUACCUACAGUGCUUCACUGUAAAGCCCGUGAUGAGCCUGCCGCCCAGCUACAAGGACAAACCGGUUCCAGAGCAGAUCUUGAACUACUACAGAGCCAAUGAAGUGCAGCAGUUCAGAUAUUCCCGGCCGUUCCGGAAAGGAGAAAAAGACCCAGAAAAUGAGUUUGCUACCAUGUGGAUUGAAAGGACCACAUACACGACAGCCUAUACCUUCCCUGGGAUUCUCAAGUGGUUCGAAGUCAAACAGAUUUCAACAGAAGAAAUCAGUCCUUUGGAGAAUGCCAUCGAAACCAUGGAGAUGACCAAUGAGAGGGUCAGCAACUGUGUACAGCAGCAUGCCUGGGACCAGUCUCUCUCUGUGCACCCACUCUCUAUGCUCCUCAGCGGCAUUGUGGACCCAGCUGUCAUGGGGGGAUUCGCCAACUAUGAGAAGGCUUUUUUUACAGAGAAGUACUUACAAGAACACCCCGAGGACCAGGAGAAGGUGGAGCUGCUCAAGCGACUGAUUGCCUUACAAAUACCUCUGCUCACGGAAGGGAUGCGCAUCCACGGGGAGAAGCUGACAGAGCAGCUCAAGCCGCUGCAUGACCGCCUGUCUUCAUGCUUCCGUGAGCUGAAGGAGAAAGUAGAGAAGUUGUAUGGGGUCAUCACGCUGCCAUCCAACUUGACGGAGAGGAAGCCAAGCCGCGCAGGCUCCAUGGUACUGCCCUACAUCCUGUCCUCCACGCUGCGCAGGCUCUCUGUCACCUCCGUGGCAUCGUCAGUGGUCUCCACCUCCUCCAACUCUUCUGACAAUGCGCCCUCCAGGCCAGGAUCUGAUGGGUCCAUCCUGGAACCCCUGUUUGAGCGCAGAGCUUCGUCAGGUGCCAGAGUUGAAGAUCUGCCACCCAAAGAAGACGGGGAGAACCGGAUUAGCAAGUUCAAGAGGAAAGACUGGAGUCUGAGCAAGUCGCAAGUCAUUGCAGAGAAAGCGCCAGACCCUGACAUGAUGAGCCCAGGCAGAAAAACACAGAGGCCAAAGAGUCUCCAGCUGGUGGACAGCCGGCUGACCCCAUUCCACGGUUCUUCACCCCUGCAGCCUACAGUCUUGAGCCCACCUCCGCUCACUCCCAAAGCUACGAGGACCCUAAGCUCCCCAUCUUUGCAGACAGAUGGGCUGAUGGCUGCCGUCCCUCCUCCACCUCCCCCCAAAAGCAAGCCCUAUGAGAGCAGCCAGAGGAACUCAGCCGAGAUUGCACCCCCCUUGCCUGUCAGGAGAGAAGCCAAAGCUCCGCCCCCACCCCCUCCAAAGGCGCGAAAGUCAGGCAUGCUCUCUUCUGAGCCAGGCUCUCAGUGACAGUGUCACUCUGGCUCUGCACCUCUGAAUGCCUUGGACCGCUGCUGCCUGAGAAGGGCCCCCAGAAAGGAUGGCUCACCAUGCAGGGCUCCCUGCCAGCACUGCUUCCUGUACUGAGGUGAUUCCCCACUCAGAACUGCUUUGUCCGUCUGAAGGCUGUACCACAUCCCCUUUAACCCACGGGACUUCCAGAACUGGCCAUCUGUAUACAUGAACAAAGAAAUGCUCUCCUUGUCCCAUGAUGGCAUGUUGGCCUCACCCGCUGACUUGCUGGAUCUGCAGAUGCCUCCGACAACUCUCCUACAGUGACGAAGUGACAGUGGAGGGGAGAACAGCCCCAGCAACUGACUCCUGUGUGGAUUUCUCAGUUUGCUUCUGAACUGCUGUGUUCAAGACUUCUUCUCUCCUGCCUGCCUGCAUCCCUACCUGUCUAACCUCCUGAAAGAGCCAGACACCAAGUAUAUUCCAGGAGCUGCCAUGGUUCUCUUUCCCUGAUGUCUGCUGUCUCCUUUGAGGGAAAGAGCACGUGGGUAGCGGAGGUGGGGCCGCUCUUAGGUGUGGAUGGCUUCUCUGAGAUUCCGUGGACUCACAUUCAGGCACUCUCCUGAUGAGUGGUCCUCGCCAUGCAGCAGUCACAUGCUGUGCCUUGGACUCCUUGGAAGCUCUUUUGUGCUCUGUUUCUCAUCCUCUUCUUUCCUCUGAGCUCAAAUCCUGGGCUCUGAGGAACCUCGGAACCAUGGUCCUACAUUUCUAGACCCUGUUGGCCCAACCCUGUUGGUCCCUGCCUGCUACUUGAUUUUUACCCUGGAGAAUACAGUGCAAUAUUCCCUUUGAUUAUUUAUUCCUCUUGAUCAUAGAAUUAAUUUGAUUGCUUGCUAAUGGUACUAAUGUCCAUACUUCUUUCAGAAGGAAAAACUAGGGUGAAUUGGAUGCCCAAAUAUUCUGUUCACAUAAAUGACCACAAGAUGUACAGAUGUUUUGAGUUAAGCAGGUUUUAAAAUUCACACACACACACACACACACACACACACACACACACUCACCUCAUUUUGUACGUGAGGAAAUUGGGGCUACACACAGAAAGUAGACUAUUGGUUUUUUCUAACAGCCCAGCUUGCUCACAUAGGAUGUACCCAAGAUAACCCGUAGCUCCAAAAGACACCUCUAACAAAGUCCUGGGUGCCUAGCCCCAAGCUAGAAUGGUAUCUGCAAAGUCCCAGAUAGUUCUCUCAGACUUGGGUGUUGAAUGCAAAACUGAAAGCUGCUGUGUGGCUUGGGUCUGCCAUGGGCAUGCUAGAAUCUGUCAGUGACCUUGCCCCGAAUCUAUUCUUCCAAGUUCAAGUGCGCAGAGGGAUUUCAGCUGUGAGAAUCUGCACCUGCCUACCUGCUGCUUUUUUUUUGCACAGGUUCUUUCAAUGCCGCCAUGGUUAAGAGAGAUGUGCCUGGUUCAUCACCGCGAUCAAGGAAGCGAAAGCAGAGACAUGCCUGGCAUAGCACUAGAGAAGUUAGUGUGCAUAUCCUAGAAAAGUCAUGCGAAUCUCCAUUCUUUACUUCCAUCAAGGAGCAUCCACAUGCGAUCGUGAAAAAACACACAGGCUCUGAAAUUUUAAAGUGCUUUGGUCAGAAGUCCCGGGUGUCACCAUCAACUUCACAUUUGAAAUUCUCUGCGUGUUUGCUUUCUCACUUUCGAAAGUGGAGGCAUUACCUCCCACACGGGUGCUUAUGGGGGGCCAUUAAGGUGGAAUUGGGUCGUGCAAUCAGUGGCUUUCUUUCCUCUCCUAGACCUGGGUAGGAUUUGAUACUGUUCAUUUUUCUUCAAGGUAUUUGAGGGUGAAUUCAGGUAUGCAGCUCUUCCCUAAAAGAUGGCGGCCUUGGGCACCAUUUGCAUGGAAGAGUUAAUAAGAGUUGAAGAUCAUUUUAAGUGAAAAGAUCCAAGCCCUGCAAAGAGGCAGGAAGGCACCAGAAGGGUGAUGGAGGGCAUCCAUGGAGCUUGGGACUUCUGAGAAGAGCCCUAGCAGACUGACUAGAAAAGAUUUGAAGAUGUCACUGUGCUUUGCCGGCUGCCAUGGAAACACACAAAUAGGAUGGGAAAAGAAGAGCAAGUUCCCAGCCUAGUCUUGCAGAGUAGUAGAAGGCAGUUCUGAGUUUGAUCUCUGAGCAGAGCUGGACCUGUCAGUGCCCAGAGGUGUCAUCCCUCCCCGUCCCCCUAUUUUUAGUAAGGCAUUUUCCCCAUGAUUCCCUUUCCACAUUAAUGAAAAUAAUAGCUUUCAGUUGCCUUGACACAAAGGACUCUGGGUGAUGUUGUAGGUACUGAUUUGCAGGGCACUGGGAGAUUCACUUCUUUGGGAAGCUGUCUUAGGGUUUCUAUUGCUAUGAUUAGCUUGUAUCAAGUUGUCAUAAAACUAGCUGGCACAGAAGCUAUGGAUGAAGAAGGGGUUAAUUUGAUUAAAAGAAAAUCAAUAUCUGUCCUAAAACUGAAGACUGCAAUGAUGUUAAAUAUAGAAGGGACAAGAAGCAGAGGGCAGGAAGGACCAGUUUUUACUGCCCUUGUAAGACCUCUGAGGUAUUGAAAGGCACUGAAAUCAGCCCUGAGACUGUCACAAUCCUUAUGAAUGAGCAUUGAUUGAUGGCUUGUGAGUUUGUGGUAUUGUUACAUCACCUUUUUUUUUUUUUCAUUCCCUCUCUGCCAUGGUGACUUGUCUUGCUUUGAGAUGAUGAUUUCUUUUAAGGAAGAUUUCAUUCAGUAUACACUUGUUGAAGGCCAGACACGGUACUAGCCCCUCGGUGCACUCCGUAGAAACAGCCUGCUACGAAAUUGACUCUAGUGUGAUACUGGAUCAGAAAUCAGCACUCUAUCAAAAAGAAAGCCCUGAAUAAGGCUACUUGGCAAUGGGUUGCCUCCUCCCUCCACCCCCACCCCUUGCUUGACUCCAGCCAGGGACAGCCAUGAUACACUUAGCCACCUUGGAUAAAACAAGGUGUCUCACAAGAGCUGAGAUGGGAUGAUAACCACCCUCCUCACUGACUGCCAAGUUGAGUCUUUCCCUUCCAGUUGCCUCCAGAUUGAGGGGCACGUUUUCAUUUUGCAGUUCAGCCUAUAUACAGUGAGUACAUAAAUCACAGGAGUGCAGACAGAGACGUCAUUCGAUCGCUGGACACCCAUGUGACCUUUUCUCAGACAGACAUGACUCCCAUAUCCCAGCAGGGGCCUGAGUGCCAGUGGCACAGUUCUGUGAAACAUAAUUGGGUGCUCCUUCCAAGUUUGUGCCUUCACCCUCACACUUCUCAGGUAUAAUGAAAAGGGGAUUAGACCCGUCCCAUCAACACAGGAUGGCAGAUGGGAUGUACCAUAUCGCAAGUCCAUUUCCUUGUCUGUUCUAGAUCUGAGACUGCAUGGACUUGGGCAGGCUCUUUCUAAGGAAACAAAUGCAGUGGGACUUCUGUCCAAAGGCUUUUGCUUUAUGAACUGGAAUCCACAUUUUGCAUCCUCUACUGGUGCUUUGAGCCUCCCAGGCCUGGCUAUUAGGAACAGAAGAUUUGUGGAUAUGAAUGAGUCUAGCAUCUGUUUUUAGAUAUUGGUUCAAAUUGUCCUAAUUCUCUGCAGCAGCCUGUCUCCAGAGUUGCCCACCUGGCCUGCUGUGCCUAGACCUCCGAUCCCUUGUUAAGGAUCACACUUUCCUUGUGUACUUUGGGAAGUUGAUGACUACUGCUUCCUUGCACAUUUUCAUUCCUCUCUAAGUAUGUUAUUUAGAAUUAUUAGAAGUGCUGAAGAUGUAGCUCACUUGCUUAGCUCCUGCGAAGUCCUGGGUCCUAGUCUCAGCAGAAGAAAUAAAAAUUGGAAAAAGUGAAGCUUCUCUUUGGAUAGGCUCAGAGUCAAACCAUUAGUUGUUACCUAUGAGAGGAAUAGCUUUCCUUCUGGGGUAGUAACUUCUAGUGGACUCUUCAGGCCCAUCCACAGUUCGUUUCCCACAUAUACGCCCAAGCUCAUCUCUCAGUCAGUCACCUGGAUUGUUCACCCAGAGUCCUGUCAGAAUUCCUUCACAUGGUUUUAUAAAUAAUUGGAUUUCGUACAUGGACAGUUAGGGAGAUGUGUGUUGAAAAAUUUUGUUCAUAUUUGCUGUUAUUUAUUUUGUAAAUUAAAAAUGGAAAUGUAUUUUAAAGUUUACUAUGUGUUUAGCUUGUUAUUGUUUUUAGAUUAUUAAAAUAAUAUUAUAGACUUAAUGGUUUUUCCCUAUUGACAGCUCCUUCAAGACACUUUACCCUCAGGGCCCCUCUGGCUCAUUUCAUUACAGAUUCUGUUGAAAUGCAUACUGUGGGAUCCCGGUGCCUGUCUUAAACAGAAGUAAUAAAAUCUGCAAUCUUUUCA